GAUUAUUUGACAACACAAACAAAUUUAGAGCAUCCUUAUCUAACCAUGAAACAUGUUUUAUCACUCACCCUUUCCUUCCUCCUGUUUGUUUUCACUACCAAUCUUUCACUAGCUUUCUCAAAUGAUGCUGUUGAACAAGUAUUAGACAUAAAUGGUAACCCCAUUUUUCCAGGUGGCAAAUACUACAUUUUACCAGCAAUUCGAGGACCCCUUGGUGGAGGACUAAGACUGGGAAAAUCAAGUAAUUCAGAUUGUGAAGUUACUGUUGUACAAGAUUACAAUGAAGUUAUCAAUGGUGUACCAGUGAAAUUCAGUAUACCAGAAAUAAGCCCUGGUAUAAUCUUCACUGGUACACCAAUUGAUAUCGAGUUCACAAAGAAGCCUAAUUGCGUUGAAUCAUCAAAAUGGUUGAUAUUUGUUGAUAGUGUUAUUCAAAAAGCUUGUGUUGGUAUUGGUGGUCCUGAAAAUUAUCCUGGUUUUAGAACAUUGAGUGGCACAUUUAAUAUUGAGAAGCAUGAAUCUGGAUUUGGUUAUAGGCUUGGAUAUUGUGUGAAAGAUUCUCCUACUUGUUUGGAUAUUGGGAGGGCUCAUGAAGAAGUUGAAGAUGAAGGUGGAUCACGUUUACAUUUGACUCAUCAAGUGGCUUUUGCAGUUGUGUUUGUUGAUGCUGCUUCUUAUGAAGCUGGAAUUAUUAAGUCUGUUGCUUGAUACCUUCAUUGUUAAUUACUUCUUGUUAUGAUGAAUAAUUACUUUGAGCUAGCAUUAAGUAAUCAUUGAAUAGGUAAUUGUUGUUCAUGUAAUGUGUUCCUUCCUUAAUAACUUGCUUUUUUGACUUAUCGUAA